AGUACUAUGAAAUUAAACUGUAGCCAAUUAUCAACCGUUGAAGUUUCAAAUUGAACACUGUUGUCUAUUUUGUCGGUUAAAAACGUUGUCAGUCGAAGAUGGUUUUUCAAACUCGCAGGAAGUAACGAAUAUUAUUAAGUAGUAAAUUUUUUCAUAUUGAAUCAUUUUACUGUUAACUGUGGCAUUCACUGACUACCAAACACUUCGUGGGUCCAUACAACUUACGGAGGAUAAAAAUUUGGUUCUACAUUUUAACGGAUAAAUAGUAAGCCCUGAAAUAUUUAAUUGAUUGUUUAUCAUUUUAUCAUAACUUGGACUAUAAAAGAUGUCAGCAGACUAUGCAUAUGAAACAAGCGGUCCACAGUGGGUGGAUUUGCAAGAAAUGAUGAACCAUGAUAAUUCAACAAAUGACGAUUUUUUCGAUCGCACCCAUGACAGUCUUGAAGCUUCUCCUGUUCGACAAAAAACUCAACUCAGAAAAUCAACAAGGCUUCAAAAUAAAGCUUCGUCAAGCGUGAAAAGUUCUGAAGUAAACGACCAAAAUAAAUCGGAAUUGCAAUCAGAAUUCAUCGAUGAUAUCGAUAAUAUUUGCAUUACUCCUUUAAAAUUAAAAUCACCAAAUAUGAAUAAUAAAAAAAUGUACCAAAAAGAAUAUAAUGUUAAUGAUAUUCUUAGUGAUGCUAUGGAAGGAUUAAAAUUGGCUUCUUCUCUUAAGAAACGUCCAAAACCUCAGAAUAUGAAUAAACCAAUUUGUCCAAAGAUUGAAAUAAUUCCAGAUACUCCUACUCGAGGAGAAACUCCUGUUAUAAAAUCUCUCUAUGAAGUAACUGUAAAUAAUCAAAAUCAGAUUUCUAAUGAACAAACGCCUGCUAAAAGGAUAAUAAAGAUUCGUGGAAAUGUUUGUAAUAAAAAAAAUGAUGUAUCUUCAAAUAAUAUAAGUAUUAAGAAUGAAAAGUUGAUAGAUAGUUCGAAAGCUAAGAAUUACUAUCAGAAAGUGAAUGAGACAAAUGAAAUUAAUAUGAACUUGGAGAAUAAAAUGUCAGAAGAACUAGAGAAUAUCAAAGAAAAUAUUCAAAGUGAAAAUAUAAUCACAAAAAAUAAAAAUUUACGAGUUUCUGACUGUUACAGUUCUAUAAAAAAUGCAGAUGAAAAUCCUACUAAAAAAAAAUUAAGGAUCUGUCGUUCAAUGCAUCAAAACAUUCCUAUUAAUCGAACUCCAAUUUUCAACUUAAGAACAAGUCCUUGCACAAUGGAUUUAAAACAAUCGAAAAUACCGGUUUAUAAACUUGACUGCUCAGAUGAUAACGUUUCAGAAAUCCAUGAGAAUAUUAAUUUAGAAAAUAAAGAAAUUAUUUCGAAUACGUUGCAAAAUAAAAGCUUCGAAAAUAGACCAGAAAAUAUAAACUCUUUAGAAUCUAAAAAAGAUGAUUAUAAUGAAGAGAAACUUCCAAAUAUUAAUGAGGUUAAUGAGGAUCAGCAAAUAAACAUUCCUGAAAUUGAAUCAUCAGCUGAUAAUGAUGAUUAUGUUGAAACAGAAUUUCAACCUUUUGAUGAAUUUAGCAAAUCUCUUGAUGAAGAUGAAAACCAAUAUAAAGUUUUCAAAUCUCAGUAUACUCAAAAGACCUUGGGGAACAUUAAAAAACCCACUAUAUUGACUGGUCAAGCUCGUAGAAAUAGCAUUCAAAUGAAAAAUAUUCUUAAUCGUCAACGAUCAAAUAAAUAUGUAAGUUUAGCAGAAGGUGUUAAAGCAUUCCAACGUAGUACGCCAACACGGUUUCAUACUGUGAGCAAAAAUACAGAAAGAGUUAAAAAACCAAAAGUAAUUCAAAAAACGACUCAACAAGCUUUCAAACGAACAAUUCCAGUUUCUCCAAAUUGGCAUUCCAAAAUGCGAACAAAAAAAAUGGUACAAGAUCAAAACCAGGAAAAACAGACAAAUGCAAAUAAAGUUACGGUUCAAAAGAGACCUAUAACUACUUAUAAAGGUUCUAAACCUCAGACUGAAAUUUUGAAGAAACGUAUUACUAUUCCUAAACCGUUUAAUUUGUCUGAACCUAAAAAGAAAACGGAAUCAUCUCAACCACCUCAAGUGAACACAUCUAAACCUAAUAAAACAGCAUCUCAAAAGCCUAACAGUCAAAAAGUUGAAACUCAAAAAAUUUUACAUUCCAGCAUACCAGUUUCAAGAGACUUUAAUACUUCAUCAAAAUUAGAGCCUAAAAAAACAAGAACUCAACAAGUUCCAUUUCAAUUCGAUCAACGAAAUAAAAAGGAUUUAAUUGAAAAAGAAAAGAAAAUGAAAAAGUUGAAAGAUGAAAAAUUGAAAAUUAAUGAAAAAAUAUCAUCGAUUGCUAUUAACAAAACUAAUAAUAAAGAUUCUAAAAAUCAAAAAGAAAAUGGGAUCAAAACUAGUUCUCAUAUAAAAAUGAUGCCAUUCAGUUUUGAAAAACGAGAUAGAUUAUUGGCAAAGAAAAAAGAAGAAAUGAGGAAGAAAAUUGAGGAACAAGAAAAAAAAGCAAGAGUCUUCCAUGCAAACCCAGUACCUAAUUUCAAGCCAAUUCCAGUGAAAGUAUCGUCAAGGGAAAAUUUAAAUUCUAAUAAAAAUUUCUUAAGAACUAAGUCUGCAGAAAAUGUUAAAUCUAAAGAUCAUGUAAACGAAUCGAAUGUACUUCGUACACUAUCUCAUGAUAAUUUCAAAUAUUGUAGACAGCAAAAUUCAAAAGGAACAAUUCCGACCCAAAAAACACAACUAACUGGAUCAUCAUCAUCAUUAAAUGUUGGUGAACAUAAUAAAGUAACUGACAUGCCUAAAUUGAAGCCAAAAUUAAAACCAAUUGAAUUACAUAGUGAAAGACGAGCAAGACUUCGCCGAGAAUAUGAACAAAAAUUGAAAUUAAAAUUCGAACAAGAAGAAGCACGUCGUCGACGGGAACAAGAGCUCAAACUGGCAAAGGAACAAGAAGAAAUAGCUCAAUUACGUAAACAGGCUGAACAUAAAGCAAGACCUGUGCCUGUCUACAAAUCACUUGUAAUUGCCAAGUCAACAAGACCUAUUACUGAACCUCAAAGUCCCGCUUGGACGCAAUCACGACGUUAAUUUCUUAUUUUCGUUAUAUUUAAGUCAAAUAUACUUAUAUUGUUUGUGAAACAAUUAUCUUAAAUAAUAAAUAUUUGCAAAAUACAUUUUAAAAA